GGGCCGCUGGCGCGGGAUCUGGGGCUCAGCGCGGACGAGCUGCCGGCGCGCAAGCUGCGGCUGAGCGAGGAGAAGCAAUACUUCACGGUGAAUGAGGAAAACGGGAACUUGUACGUGAAUGAGAGGCUGGACCGGGAGGAGAUUUGCGGCGAGUCGGCGACCUGUUCCGUCAGCUUCGAGGUGCUGGUGCACAACCCGCUGAACGUUUUCCACGUCGAGGUGGCCAUCGAGGACGUGAACGACAACUCCCCGGCUUUCAGCAAGGCUUCUCUGGACCUUGAGAUCGGUGAAUGGACUCUUUCUGGUGCUCGUUUUCCUCUGGAGAUGGCACGAGACCCCGACGCAGGAAGCAACUCACUCCUCACUUACCAGCUCAGCAGCAACCCAUCCUUCUCUGUGUCCAUGAAGGAAAAGGUGGGUGGAAAGAAGCAGCUAGAAUUAGUGUUGGAGAAAGCGUUGGACCGGGAGAAGCAGAGCUCCUUUGAGUUGGUGCUGAUGGCCGUGGAUGCUGGGGAACCCGCGAGGUCCGGGACUGUUCAGGUUCGGGUCAAUGUGACGGAUGCAAAUGAUAAUCCACCAGUGUUCAGCAAAAGCGUCUACGAGGCACGAGUGGCCGAGAAUCUGCCUUUGGGGUCGCUGGUGCUUCGAGUGCGGGCCACGGAUGCAGACGCGGGCUCCAACGGGCUGAUCUCCUAUUCCUUCGGCAGCAUCCCAGACGCCGUCAGGGCUUUGUUUGCUGUCGACAGCGAGAGCGGCGAGCUCAGGACGCUGGGUUCCCUCGAUUUCGAGGAGAAGAGUAAAUAUAUUUUCGGCCUCGAGGCGACGGACGGCGGCGGGCUCACUGAUCAGUGUGAAGUUCAGAUAGAUAUCACAGACGAGAAUGACAACGCCCCCGAGAUCACAAUUCUGUCGCUGUCGAGUCCGGUGCCCGAGGACGCGCCGACCGGCACUGUGGUAGCCGUGCUGAAAGCGCGAGACAGAGACUCUGGAGAGAACGGUCAGGUGUCGUGCGAAUUGUCGGGCGAGGCGCCGCUGUCGAUCGUGGCGUCGUCGGGCGGCUCGUACAAGGUGGUGACGGCGAGCGCGCUGGACCGCGAGCAGGCGUCCGAUGCCGGGAGGAGGCUGCGGGCGCCGCUGUUGACCGAGAGGAGCGAGAGGAAGAUCGGRGCGCUGCAGCCCCGCCCGCUGCGGACCGGCACGAUCGUUAAAUCACUGGAUUUYUGGUUCGGCGGUCUGGAGGUCUUGCGAUCGUUCCGGCGGCACCGAACCCAGCUGAACAAGGCAGAGGGGCCGGCGGAAGCGGCUGGAAGCGUGAGGCUCAUCGUGUGGGAGGCGGCGUGGGGGCAGCUGCGCUACUCGGUGCCCGAGGAGAUGCCCAAGGGCUCGUUCGUGGGCGAUGUGGCCAAGGAUCUGGGACUGCAGCUGCCGGCGCUCAGCGACCGCGGUGUUCGCAUUGUAUCUGAAGAUAGGACGCAGUAUUUCUCUUUGCACGGGAAGACGGGACAUUUAGUGACGGCGGAGAGGAUCGACAGAGAGCAGCUGUGCGAGAGCGUGCAGCAAUGCGUGCUGCGCUGUGAGCUGAUAGUGGAGGGGGAAAUGNCUUUCCUUGGAUACUGCAAAGAGACGAGCCGCCCGCGGACAAGGCAGGGAGGGCAGAGCUCGGCAGCGCUCGGUGCCUGCAGUGCCGGGAGGAGGCUGCGGGCGCCGCUGUUGACCGAGAGGAGCGAGAGCAAGAUCGGAGCGCUGCAGCCCCGCCCGCUGCGGACCGGCYCWCUSGCUAGAUCACUGGACUCCUGGCUCGGCAAACGUUCUGUUUCAGAUCGUUCCGAUGGUGCGGAUCUGUUCUGCAGCAAAGCGGAGGGGUAG